AUGUCUCUUGACUUGAAUCUCCCCACGGCACUGGUGCUCAUUGACAACCAAGCAGCUUUCACUCACCCAACUUACUGGGGGACCUCCCGCUCUAAUACGUCCUACGAGGCCAACAUCCUAUCUCUCAUCCAGGCCUUCCGAGCCGCUAUCAAGAACAAAACAGGAGGGGGGAACGCUAAGGAAAUCAUUCACGUCUUCCAUUCGUCGACUACACCAAAUUCCCCUCUCCACCGCAAUGACCCCGGAAACGGUAUCCAGCCACUCGAUGUCGCCCAGCCGGCGUCAGACGGAUCUGAAGUGAUUAUAUGGAAGUGUGUCAAUUCCAGCUUCAUAGGGACCGACCUGGAAGCACAUCUUCGUGCCCGAGGGAUUCGACAGGUUCUUUUUGCCGGUCUUACAACGGACCAUUGUGUAUCGACCACGGUACGCAUGGCAGCGAACUUAGGGGUUGUGGACCGGUAUCCCGACGGGCUCCUGACACUUGACCCCGAAGCUGGCAUACAUAACCAGGCCCGCGUGGAUCGUGGGCGCAUCAUCCUCAUUGCUGAUGCUACGGCAACUUGGGCAAAAGGGGGCUUCGAUGCUGAGACUGUCCAUGCCGUCUCAGUGGCAAGCCUAGAAGGCGAGUUCGCUGACGUCAUGAAGACAGAGGAUGUUGUGAAAGCUUUGAAGCAAAUAAAUUGA